AGAAGAGCAGACCCAAUUCGGGAAAAGAUCUAAUCAGUUUGAUUUGGAAAAAAAUUUAAUUAAAAGAAGAAAGAUAACAAGUCGAACUGAUUUAAAACGAGCCUUAUGAUACGAAGUAGCACAUUUUAGGGGGAAAAAAGAGUAGACUGAUAAACUUCUUCAUUUAAAACGAGCAAACUUUGUAUAUGGACAGCAUACCAGAUUGAUACCAAACUUUUAAAGAUCGGCUGUAUGUUUUUCGUACUCUUCUCCUCCCAUGAGCUUUAAUAGUGGAAGUGCCGCCCCCCGACCAGGUUGUCAAAAGUAGAAGAUAUUGGUUGGUUAAAUGUCUCAAUUCGCCCAAAUCUUGAGCAUUAAGAGAGAAUCCAAGCGCCUAGAAAAGUAGGUGCUAGAUUAGCAUACAGCAUGCCAAUUAAUUUUCAAAGUAAUGGAAGAAUGAGAAUACAGUGUGAGCUUUGUGCUGGAAUCUUUAGUGCAGUUCAACAUCAUUCGUUGGAGUGUCUUGUGCUCUCUUCUAACUUUGUCUUUACACCGAAGGAUUAGAAAACGUUAUUUUCAAUAAGCUGUGAAGGCACUGUCAAAAAUGGAGCCAUUUUGAACCCUCAGUUAGGGGGCAUUAAUUCUUUAUAUAGUUUCUGGCUCAUAAACCAACCAGAAAAUCUUGCUUCUCCAAUAUGGGCGUCUUUUAUCAAGAAGACCCACCAAAUCCUUCAAGGAAAUGCUUUCUAGCAGGUGCUUUGAAGGAUGUACUCUGCAACUGUCAUACUUUUGGCAAACCACAGCCAAAUUCCAACGCAGAGGAUGACUAUCCAACGAGUGACUUUGAUGAUGAAGAGGAAGAAAUUGUAUCGGAAAUCAGAAGUCGGGCAAUGGAAAAGUUGAGACGAAAGACUAACCUGUCAGACAGCUUUUCCUGGGUUUUCUCACCUGCAACCAAAGAAUUAUAUAUUACUUCAAUGGAGAUUGAGAAGAUGGAUGAACCUGGAAAUGAAGAUAACACAGGAGAUGAGUUCUACUCUGUUCAGAGUUUUCUCACAUGUUCAAGUGCUGCAACAAAGGAAGCAUUCUUUUCCGUAGAGGCCAACUUUUCCCGAUGUUCGAGCUUAAAUGGUCUUAAUUUUCUGGAUGAAGAUCUCAAGAGGCGCACCAUCUUACAGGAAUUGUUUCAUUGUGAAGGAUGGCCGUUUGGUCUUUGCAGGAAAGCGGCGUUACUUCCACCUCUGCCCAAGUCGCCAUCUGAAUCUUGGUUAUGGAGUAAAGGCACCAAAAUUGUGAAGAUAUGAUGUCCAAAUUCGGUGCUAAGUUCUGUUUUUUUGUAUUUUGCUGCUGCCAGAAGUAACGUUGAGAUUGAAGAGUAAAACGUGGCUCCUCUUAGUAACAAAAUUCUUCAAGCUAUUGAUCUGAUUAAAAACAAUUUUCAACUCUUCUUCACCUCAUAAACCCUCUUAAAUUAAUUACCGCUAAUAUGCAGUUGCAGUAG